AUGGGUAUUCACGUUCUCCGCAUGUCUUGCUUGGCAUUCUUUCUAUUACUGUUCCUAUUACCACCUCCCAUUUCUAAGGCUAAGAGCCUCCGCUACCGUGGCCCUGGCUGGAAACUCUUCCACCGCCUGAGCAAGGGCUCCAAAAGUUCCCAGCAACGCCAGGUUCAACAGAUGAGGCGAAACUGGAGCCAGGGCGAGAGCCGAAUGUCAGAGGACUGCCUGGGUGUUUUCGACCUCUACAUCAUCCUGGACAAGUCAGGCAGUGUGGGCACAAACUGGAUCCACGUUUAUUCAUUUGCGGAGGAUUUGGUGAAGAAAUUUCAGAACCCUAAAAUGCGGAUUUCCAUCAUCACCUUCUCAACAGAGGCUGAAGUUAUCAUACCACUCACCUCAGACAGAGACGAAAUCCAAAAGGGCCUUCUCACUCUCCUCGAAGAGGUGCCUACCGGAUUCACACACAUGCAGAAAGGGAUUCAUAAGGCCAUAGAGCAGAUCAAAAAGGCCAACUUGGAAGGCAGCAAUGUCAACAGUGUGAUUAUUGCUCUGACUGAUGGGACACUGAUGGAUAAGCCAUUUAAGCAGACUUUGAAUGAGGCCCAAAAAGCUCGAGAACUCGGAGCCACUGUUUUCACCGUGGGUGUCCAUGAUUUUGACAAAACACAGAUGGUGCAGAUUGCAGACAGCCCAAGUCACAGUGUCGCAGUUCAAAAAGGGUUCUCUGCUCUGCAGAGCAUCGUUGGCACACUUGCUGCCAAGACAUGUAUUGAAGUGUUAUCCGUGCAGCCUUCCUAUGUGUGUAUAAAAGGUGCCUACCAAGUAAACAUUAGCGGACGUGGGUUUAGUAAUGCAAAAGACAUGAGCCAAGUUAUUUGCAGAUUCACGUUCAGUGAUUCCAGAAUUGUUGAUGAAAGCCCUACUGAUAUGAAUGACAAAAGUAUAUCCUGUCCUGGACCAAGGAUACAGCGUGCUGGAGAGGAAGUCUCUCUUCAGGUCAGUUUGAACAAUGGCAUCUCCUUCAUUGGGAACAAACUCAUCAUAACCGGUACCAACUGUGGGAGUACCAGGGUAAGAGCCCAGGGGUUAGGGUCCCCACUGGCUGCAGGGCCAAGGCAAAGCCCACCCUUCCCACUCAAGCCCACAUCUGUCUGUUUUACGUUCCAGCGUAAAAAAAAGCCGCCGCCACCAGAACCAGAGAAGGAUCCAGAAGAGAACCAGUCCCCUCCUCCUGUAUCACCACCGGCUCCUCCCAUCCCUCCUUCAUCUCCAUCACCUGUCAACCCAAACCCUACUGUGAUCGUUGCCUGCUGUGGCUGUGGAAGCAGAGGCAUCCAGGGAAACGUGGGCCCAUGCUGCACCUGCUUUCACCCAGGUUACCACCAGAUGCCAUUGAUGUGGUGUCCUCCCAAGGUCCAGGGGAGAUGCACAAACUAUACUCUUGUGAAUCCUAGCUGCACACAUGCCUCCUGCAGCCCGAAGCUUUGCCUUCCUUCCAAUAGAGACUAUCUCCGUCUCACGAAACCUUCAUACUCCUCAAGGAUUGUUAUUCAACCCAGCGGGGAGUGCUUUGGCAUCUCCCAGGCAUCCUGCAGCCCAAAGAUCUGCCUUAAAGCAGGCCAAGAAUGUCUCCCUGUUGCACCGAACCUGUGCUCAAAAGUGUGCCCACCGAGUCAGAAGUGCUACUACACUCUCGACCAUUCACAGUCCUCAUACCCAAACAAGUGUACCCCAUCUCCCUCCAGGAUACUGCCUCUGCUCCCUCCCCGUGCCCGCCAAUCUGUAGAAACCCUUUGUCAAGCCUACCCUUGUCGUCCAUCCUCUAAAGAACCAAAAUUCUAA